GGUGAUAUUAAUUCAAUGUGAGUGUUAGGGUUCUACAAUUCUAUUGUUUACAUUAUUUACAUUCUGUCGAAGAAAUAAAAAUAAUAAAUAAAUGCACGAUUUUGCUACAAAACGUAAUGCACUUUUUGCAUGUCUUGAUGAUGCCAGUAGUGAGCUAAAGGGAACAGUGUUAGACCAAACAAAUGCUAAAACAGCCCUAAGCAGAACUGCCCCCGAUGGGCAGUGGAAAAUGAAUUAUCGUCAAGAAAGUAAUGCAUCACGGAAUAAGCAAACAACCGUAGAUCGACCACUACAUCACCUACGAGGUAAAGAAAGUAUAUUUAAGAAACCAGAAUUACCUAUUGCGAGGUGUUUAAAACCCAGAAAACUACCAGAUUAUCAGGUUAAUCCUCACAAAUGGAAGAAAUAUUCGCUUGAAGAUGUUGAUAUAUCGGAUCAGACAAAUUCUUCUGCAGCGUUUGAAUUUCUAAGACAAAUUGACGAACAAAAAGAUUCUUCAGAAUCCGAGGAAAAUUCUGAGGGGCAAAAGACAAAAAUUGAAUUUAAAAAAUCAAGUAAAAUACGGCGUAAUUUAAAAACAUUAGAGUCAUUGGAGAAAAUGGAUGUCGAAAUUGAUUCGCCUAAAUUAAAGGGAUCCAAACUAGUUAUGCCCGAAUAUGUGGUGGGACAAAAGAAGCAGGAGAAAAAGAAAUUGCACAAUUUGGGAGAUAAAAAUGAGAAAAAAGAAAGAGCUGCUGGUAAAUUACUUCUAUCACAUUUACAGGAAGAUGAUGAAGAAGAGGAAAAUUAAUCAGACAAAAACUAAAUAAUUUAGAUUCUAAUUAUAAUUGAAAUUUGCAGUAAUAUCGUGUAAGGCUAAAUAUUAACAUGCUAUUAAUAAUAUUAAACUGAUGUAAGAAUUAAUAAAAAUGGAAAACCAGAGGAAGAAACAGUAA